CCCCCAUCGCCGACGAUCGCUGUGCGGAGUAGCCUACGCUGAACGGGACAAGACUAGAAGACUGGCACAGCCAGAGGAUCACAAGCCUCAAUAACUACUCGUUAGAGGCACUAUAAUCACAAACGGGGUGCGUCUUGUACUGUUCAAUGUUUUGAAAGUACAGUAUUUUAUAAACAAACCCGGUUUACCCAAAUCUUAUAUUCUCGGAUUAGGGAUUUGAUCACUGGAUAACAUCAUUGGAAAUACAGGGCCACCAUGCACAGACACCCGCUCUCCUGGUAGCAAAUUGCCAACGUUAUACUGCCUCUUAUUGUUGUAUUUCUGACAUGGAAUAACACGUUUUUACUGGAUUGUUUGAUGGGGCUACUAAGGAUCAUGCUGCCGCCCAAGUUUCAGCUUCUGGCGCUAUUGGCAUUCGCCGUAGCCAUGGUCUUCUUGGAGAAUCAAAUCCAGAAGCUGGAAGAGUCCCGAGGAAAGCUCGAGCGGGCCAUCGCCCGACACGAGGUGCGCGAGAUCGAGCAGCGGCACACGCAGGACGGCCUGAGGGAGCGGGAGGCCCCGUCGACGGGGGCCGAGGACGUGGUGAUCAUCUACAACCGCGUCCCCAAGACGGCGAGCACCUCCUUCACCAACAUCGCCUACGACCUGUGUGCCAAGAACCAUUUCCACGUGCUGCACAUCAACACCACCAAGAACAACCCCGUCAUGUCCAUGCAGGACCAGGUGCGAUUUGUGAAGAACGUGACGUCGUGGCGGGAGAUGAAGCCGGCGAUCUACCAUGGACACGUCUCCUUCCUGGACUUCACCAAAUUUGGGGUGAAGAACAAACCCAUCUAUAUUAAUGUAAUCCGGGACCCAAUCGAACGCCUGGUUUCCUACUACUACUUCCUGCGUUUUGGGGAUGACUACAGGCCUGGGCUAAGGCGCAGGAAACAAGGAGACAAGAAGACGUUUGAUGAGUGUGUUUCUGCGGGAGGCUCGGACUGCGCUCCAGAGAAGCUCUGGUUACAGAUCCCCUUCUUCUGUGGUCACUACUCCGAAUGCUGGAAUGUAGGCAGUCACUGGGCCCUGGAGCAGGCCAAGUACAACCUGGUGAAUGAGUACCUGCUGGUGGGGGUGACUGAGGAGCUGGAAGACUUUGUCAUGAUGCUGGAGGCCGCGCUGCCACGAUUCUUUAGGGGCGCCACAGAACUCUACAAAACAGGUAAGAAGUCUCAUCUGAGGAAGACCAGCGAGAAGAAGCCCCCCACCAAGGAGUCCAUCGCAAAACUGCAGCAGUCAGCCAUCUGGAAGAUGGAGAACGAGUUCUAUGAAUUUGCCCUGGAGCAGUUCCAGUUUGUCCGAGCACACGCCGUCCGAGAGAAAGACGGGGAACUCUAUCUGCUCGCCCAGAACUUCUUCUAUGAGAAGAUAUACCCCAAAACCAACUGAGGCAGAGACACACAAGAGAAGUACAUCUGCCCAGUCACAUUCACUCACCAGGGACAGAGAGUCAUUUCCGCCAAUAAACCUUUACAUCCACAUGGGCUCAUCUAUGGAAAUGCCUGUCCUCAAGUUGAGUCAGCAGUUUCUGAAUGUUGUCUUUGAAACGGACUCCUCCAUCUCCACAGUAACCAAACAGAACCAAGAGGUCUUCUACAUGUGACAUUGCCAGGAGGUCAUGUUCCCACCAGUCCACUGGGCUCCUUUUUCACUUCCAGGUGAAAGGUCACUGGAGCUUGACUGACACAUGGCUAGAGACAAGUUGGCUCUGUCUAUAUGGUACCUGACCAGACUUCAAAUCACAUCACAUUAAUAGUAUACUCCUUCCAAAGGGGACAUAUUUGGGAUGGAGUACUUGGUUGUCUGUUCUUGCAUUUCUACCCUGCCCCCGCUAUCAUUAUCUAUGGAAAAAUGGUCAUAAACCUUUUACCUUAGAGAGUCAAUUUAGUGUUGAAAUGACAGCCCUGCUCCACAAGGAACUCAACACUUUCAACUACUGUGCUAUCUUAGCGUUUUCUUAUAAACUGAAGAUACUUUUAUGAAAUCUAAAUCCUGUGAACAUGGACUUCAUUGGGUGGCAAACACCCAACUAACUACUAUUCAUGUCUGUGGUACUAUUGUGUGUUUUAUACUGUGUUCAUGUUACUGUUUUAUGAAUCUUGUACACUGUUACCGAGGAUUUUGCCAAGGUGAUAUGGAACUGUUUACACAUGUGAAAUAUGGAAGGUUAUUACAAAAUAAAACUGUUGUAAAUAAUUACUACUUUCAGUACAAGCUGGUGAUAUUAUGAUUAACUUAUGUUUGCUUUGUUAACAGCUUUGUACGUGUCUGGUCUGUACAUUUCUUUCAGCUUUGCUCUUUGUUUUAUAGUUUUGGGAUAUUUUUUUUUAACCAUUUUGUCAAUUCAGAAAUGUAGGUCACAUGCAUCACUGUGCUGCUAAAAUGCUAUAAUAUUUACAUAACCAUAGCCAGAAUUUACCUAGUUAGGAUCUCCUUUAUAUUUCAUUGUUUUUCCCUUUUAUUGAUUUCUAAUCUUUGGUGUGCCAUUGUACUUGCAGUAUAGCUGCCUAACAAAAAGGUCCACAGUAUUCUCCAGGUCUAUUUGGUUCACGCCGAGAGGCCAUUAUGAAGAGCAAAAGGACUGAGAGGAGACUGUAGGUCAGUCAUUACCUGGGAUACACAGAAGUAUAGGCCUACACAAUAGGCCUACACAAUAGACAUUGUACUUGACUUCUUGCGUUAAGGUCUAUUUGAAGAGGCUGCUGUCAAAGGCUUAGUUUCUUAGCAUAUUGUGCCUUGCUCCUCGCCUAAAUAAAUUGACUUUUUCUUUCUCUUUGGCAGUUUCAUCUGCUGGAAUGUCAACAUCAACUUGUCUUGUUUAUUUCAUGCUUAAGUUUAUGUUGCCAAAAACAAACAGAAUUUAAUAAAAACAAUUCUGAUCUUUUA